AUGCUAGCAUAUGCUUUCCCGAAUGAUGCGCAGGAGCAAGAGCGACUGGAACUCCAGGGUGUGGCGUUGAAAAAGCUCUUCGGAGACCGACUCUUUUUUGCGCCUCUCUCCGAGGCAACUCCGCCGAGAACGAUACUCGAUGUCGCGACGGGGGUUGGUGACUGGGCCAUCCAGAUGGGCGAUCUCUUUCCCAACUCGGAAAUCAUCGCCACCGACUUGUCGCCUAUUCAACCUAAACAGGUGCCCCCGAAUGUUUGCUUUUACGUGGAAGACUCGUCCGAUCCCUGGGAGUACUCUCAAAAGUUCGACUACAUCCACACGCGGAUCACCUUUGGCUGCUGGUCGUCGUUUGAAAAACAGAUUGCCCAGCAAGCCUUCGACCUGCUCGAACCCGGCGGUUGGUUCGAAUCGCAAGAGACAGACAGCACUAUCCUCUGCGAUGACGGUACCAUGAGGGCCGACGGUCCAUUCUCGACCUGGUUUCACAAGAUCACGGCGGCCGGCGAGCAAUGCGACCGGCCCACCAUCCUGGGCUCUACUCUGAAGGAAAUAUACGAGCGCGUUGGGUUCGUGGACGUCCAAGAACGCAUCUUCAAAAUGCCGACGAAUGCUUGGGCCAAGGAUGAGAUGAUCAAUAAGUUGGGCCUCAUGUGGGAGAGAAACCUCCUCCAAGGACUCAGCGGCUUUUCCUACAGUCUUUUCAACAGGACCUAUGGCUGGAGUGCAGCACAAAUCGAGGUGAGCCGGCUCAUGGCUGCCUGA